AUUGAAGAACAAAGCUCAAUUAUUCUUGUAAAUCAUUUGUUUACUCUCAUUCUUCAAUCUCAUGGAGAUGCUUAUGAGCCCAAAAACAUAACCAGGAGGUUUCAAGUUUCAAUAUCCACCAGCAUCAGAUUGAAUGCGUAACAAGUUUUCAAUUCUCUAUACACAGUUCACAAAUGGCAGGACUAAACUUUCUACUUUUAAUGUUUCUACUUUCUCUGACUCUUCUUAUCAUUGUUCAUGCCCAGAGUCAAUCAGACUUCAUUAGUAUUGAUUGUGGACUUGAUGAACCAAGCUACACAGAUGGAACAGCUUUCAUAUAUUAUACUUCAGAUGUUAACUUCACAAGCAAUGGUGUAAGCCAUAGCAUAUCACCAAAAUAUGAGGCUUUGCUUGACAAACAGUUUUGGAAUGUUAGAAGCUUCCCAGAAGGAACAAGGAACUGCUAUACCCUUGUUGUUCCUCAAGGAAGUAACAAGAAGUAUUUAGUGAGGGCCAGGUUUGCAUAUGGAAAUUACGAUGGCAAAGACUCUCUUCCUGAAUUUGAUAUCUAUCUUGGAGCCAAAUGGUGGGGAUCUGUGGUAUUUGAGGAUGCAUCGAGUGUAAUCACCAAGGAAAUCAUUUAUGCUGCUUCAUCAGAUUAUGUUCAUGUUUGUUUAUUCAACACCCAGAAGGGUACACCUUUUAUUUCAGUUUUAGAGCUUAGAGUUCUCAACAGCGAUGCCUAUCUAGUUAACUCUCUGGAGCUAUUGGCACGGUUUGAUGUAGGCUUAAAGGAUGGUGAAAUAAUCAGACAUCCAGAGGAUUUCUAUGAUAGAAUGUGGACACCUUAUAACUCAAUUGACUGGAAACAGAUAGAUACCACCCUCACCAUAGACCACGGAGCUUCUUCAUUCAAUUUUUUACCAUUGCCACCCUCCAUUGUCAUGGGAACUGCAGCAAUUCCAGCAAAUGUCAGCCACAAUAUAGAAUUCCACUUUCUUCCUAAGUAUAAUAAUAGUGCCUCUAGAUACUAUGUGUACAUAUUCUUUGCUGAAAUCGAGAAACUCCAAGCAAAUCAAAUUAGAGAGUUCAACAUUUUUGUAAAUGGGAAGCUUCUAAAUAAUGCUCCAGUCAAUCCUUCAUACCUGCAGAGCCUGUAUCAUGUAGCAGCUAUGAGUGAACCUCAGUUGGAACUAUGGUUUAACAAAACUAGUAGAUCAACUCUUCCUCCUCUUGUCAAUGCCAUUGAGAUAUAUAUGACAAAAGAUCUCUCACAAUCAGAAACAUAUCAAACUGAUGUUGAUGCUAUCUUAGAUGUAAAGUCAAUUUAUGGGAUCAAGAGAAACUGGCAAGGAGAUCCUUGUGCUCCACUGGCUUACUUGUGGGAUGGUCUUAACUGCAGCUAUGCUGGAUCUGGUUCACCAAGGAUUGUAUACUUGAACUUAUCUUCCAGUGGUUUAAUAGGAAAAAUAGCUCUUGGCAUAUCUAAUAUGAAGUCCAUAGAGUAUUUGGAUUUGUCAAACAAUAGCUUGACUGGAGAUGUGCCAGAUUUCCUUUCGCAACUGCGCUUCUUAAGAGUUUUAAACCUAGAAGGAAAUCAGCUGUCAGGAACAAUUCCAAUGCAACUCGAUGUGCGUUCAAAUAAUGGUUUGCUUGAAUUCAAUUUUGGUGGAAAUCCAAAUCUUUGCUCCCUAGGUUCAUGCAACAACAGGAAUGGAAAUCAGGUUGUAAUUCCACUGGUGUCAUCGCUUGGUGGAGCUUUCAUGAUACUAAUAGUAUCAAUGAUUUCUUUCUGCGUAUACAAAAGGAGACAACAAGUUUCUCCUCAUAUUAGCAAGAAGAGUGCAUAUUCCAGAAUAAGGGAGGAACUAGAGUCAAAUAAGCAAGAAUUCACUUAUGAUGAAGUCUUGAUAAUUACUAGAAAUUUUGAAAGGGUUGUGGGAAAAGGAGGAUUUGCAACAGUCUACUAUGGCUGUGUAGAUGAUACUGAAGUAGCUGUCAAAAUGCUCUCUCCCUCAGCUCCAGCAUAUCUGCAAUUUCAUGCAGAGGCCAAACUUCUUGCGAUAGUUCAUCAUAAAUGCUUGACUGCUCUUAUAGGAUAUUGUGAUGAUGGCGCCAAUAUGGCUCUCAUCUAUGAGUACAUGGCUAAUGGAGAUUUGGCAAAGCAUUUAUCAGAUAAAAACGAAAAUACAUUGAGUUGGAACCAACGAAUUCAGAUUGCAGUGGAUGCUGCAGAAGGAUUGGAGUAUCUGCAUCAUGGCUGCAAUCCACCGAUUGUUCACAGAGAUGUUAAAUCUAAAAACAUCUUAUUGAAUGAGAAACUCAGAGCUAAACUUGCUGAUUUUGGGUUGUCCAAGAUCUACCCCGAUGAAGGUGACACCCAUAUGUCCACAGUGGUUGCUGGCACCCCUGGUUAUCUUGACCCAGAGUACAAUAGAUUAAACAGGUUGAAUGAAAAAAGUGAUGUUUUCAGUUUUGGUGUAGUUUUGCUUGAGUUAAUUACAGGCCAAUAUGCUAUAAUCAAAACCCAAGAGAAAACUCACAUAAUUCAAUGGGUUGGUUCCAUGAAGCCUGAAAGGGAGAUCAAUGAUAUUGUGGAUUCAAGAUUACAAGGAGAAUUUGAUAUUGAUUCUGCAAAGAAGGCCUUAGACACUGCAAUGGCUUGUGUAGCUUCCACUUCCAUUAAUAGGCCAACCAUGAGCCAUGUAGUUAAGGAACUCAAACAAUGUUUGGCAGAAAAAGUGACUUAUCCUUCUGAAUCUGGCAAUCAUGAGAGUUUACCCAACAGUUUAAUCACUGUCUCCUUUGAUAGAAUUAGUGGAGAGAGUUCUUUAGAAAGAUAGUACAUUUGGAAAAAUUAAAGUCUAAAUGUGUUUGCUUAUUGUUUCUUCCUAUUAUAUGACAUCAUUUUUUUUCCUGGAGAUAAGAAUGGGGUGCCUUUG